GUCAGUGCGUGCGGAUGCAGAGAAGAUGAAGGAGGACAUGUAGUUGCGGAUUAUGGAGGUUUAUGCCGUCAGAUUGUCAAACAGCAAAAUAAAACGCUAUUCAACGUGGAUUUGUGCUGAUUGUGAAUGCGGAGAAUGGAGAAGACGGAUGAUAAUAAACAUGAGAUUAAAUGGCCUCUAGUGGCUUUCAGGGAUUUGCAAUUUGCGCACUGUUUCGUAUUCUGUCACCUCAUAAUGCGCUAACGGAUCACCAAGAGGUCUACUGAAGUAAACAAAAGCAUUCUACAGCACUGAAAGAUGAAAGGUCCCUGUCUUAUUCUGUAUUCAUGGGCAUUUGUGGCCCUCCUGCCGGUCACCUCCUCUGGUGGGAGUCCUGGUUCACUACUGCUCCGUGUCCCCCUGCGGCAGGGGUCGCCCUCACAGCCCGCGACCCACCGGGGCUCCUCAAGGGCCACCCGUACACGGAGAGGAGCCGGAGGUAUGAAUUUUGUAAACAUGAUUGAUAACCUCCGUGGAAAGUCAGGACAAGGGUAUUACAUCGAAAUGGCCGUGGGUACACCGCCCCAGAAGUUGAAUAUCUUAGUGGAUACGGGCAGCAGUAAUUUCGCAGUGGGUGCUGCUACUCACCCGUUCCUGCACAGAUAUUACCAUCGCUCACUUUCGUCAUCGUACAGAGUUCUGGGCCGCAGUGUGUAUGUGCCGUACACACAGGGACGAUGGGAGGGCGAGCUGGGCACUGAUCUGGUGUCAGUUCCUCAUGGACCCAACAUUUCACUGAGGGCAAACAUCGCUGCCAUCACCCAGUCUGACCGCUUCUUCAUCAACGGAUCCAACUGGGAGGGCAUACUUGGGCUUGCCUAUGCUGAGAUCGCAAGGCCAGAUGAGAAUCUAGAACCGUUCUUCGACUCUCUCCUGAGACAGACCACCGUUCCAAACCUCUUCUCUCUGCAGCUCUGUGGAGCAGGAUUCACACAGAACUACAGCACAGGCAGUUCAACUGUAGGGGGCAGUAUGAUUAUUGGGGGAAUAGAUACAUCUUUAUACGUUGGUGAGCUGUGGUAUACACCAAUUAGACGGGAGUGGUAUUAUGAGGUCAUCAUUGUGCGCAUUGAAGUUAAUGGACAGGAUCUCAAUAUGGACUGCAAAGAAUAUAACUAUGAUAAAAGUAUUGUGGACAGCGGCACAACCAACUUACGUCUCCCUCGUAAAGUGUUCCAGGCUGCGGUGAAGGCCAUUGAAGCCGCCUCAUCUACAGAACAGUUCCCCUCAGGUUUUUGGCUGGGGGAGCAGCUGGUAUGUUGGCAGGCAGGCGCCACACCUUGGCACAUCUUCCCAGUCAUCUCAUUGUACCUGAUGAGUGAGAACAGAAACCAGUCCUUCCGGAUCUCCAUCCUACCACAGCAGUACCUGCGGCCUGUAGAGGACGUGGCCUCAGCGCAGGAGAACUGUUAUAAAUUCGCUGUGUCUCAGUCCAGUACUGGUACAGUCAUGGGUGCCGUCAUCAUGGAGGGUUUCUAUGUUGUAUUCGACCGAGAACACAAAUGCAUCGGCUUCGCUGUCAGCACAUGCCACGUCCACGAUGAGUUCCGCACUGCUUCAGUGGAGGGUCCGUUUCACGGUGUUGAUCUGGAGGACUGCGGCUACAACAUCCCUCAGACGGAUGAGUCCACCCUCAUGACCAUCGCCUACAUAAUGGCAGGGAUCUGUGCCCUCUUCAUGCUGCCGCUGUGCCUCAUGGUGUGUCAGUGGCGCUUUACACUCUGUCUUCACCCGCUGGGCACUGGGGACUUCUCUGAUGACAUAUCCCUCCUGAAGUGAGCCAUAUCUAAACACAGACAUUACUUUGCUGCAACAGAUGGCCAAAGAGAACGCCUCAAAGAUUGACAUACAUUAACGAGACCACAGCAAUUAUAGCUAUAAAUGUUAUAAUUGUAUAUAUGCACACAAACAUGUUCUAAUGGGCUGUCCCAACUUGGAGGGCUUUCUCUAAACCUGUUUAGACUAAAUGUGAUAUGUGAAUGAUCCCUUGUCUUACAGACUGUAACGUGUGGAUAACUGUUCUAAGACUGUUCAAGUGAAGUAUUGUAAAGAUAUGGAAACUAUAUGUGAACGUGUGUUUGAGAGAGCGUUAUGAGUGUGCGCUAUUAAGAUGUCAUAUUCUAUACUAAUAAUUGAGCAUCAAGAUGAUUUGAGGUAUAAUUUUGAGUACUUGUCACAUUUUAUUGGCUCUUUUAUGGUUUAUAAAAUACCAGUGUCCUAUAAAGGAACUCAUGGAAAGGUUCACGUAAAUAGACUAAUAGAGAAAAAGAAAAAAGAUUUGUAAAAAUGACUGCCAAUGCUCGAAUCUCAUAAAAUCUGUCAAGAACAUGUUAUUUUUCACUGCAAAUGAAAGAAAUAAUACAGUAUAUAGUAUAUUUAUAGUAUAUAAUAUAGUAUAUUUUAAGACUAUUAGGAUUUUUAGCAAUUUGUGACUUUCCGUGACAAAUAUGUUUUUUCCUAGAAAUUCUCAUUACUAAUAAAUAAAUAUUAUACAAUUAACAAAUAAAAAUGAUGAAAAUUAUCUCAUUACUAAAUAUCAUAAUAUAGUAAAAAAUAAAUAAAAAAGAAAG